AUGACUGAAACCUCUUAUUGUCGUUUAUGUGCUGAAUUAACAACAAAUGAUAAUUUAAUCACAAUCAUUGAUUCAGUUGAAUGUAAUCAAAAUUUAGUUUAUAAGAUAUUUGAAUGUUUUCAUAUAGAAAUACAAGAAACCGAUAAUUUACCAAAAUAUAUAUGUUCUGAGUGUUAUAAACAAGUUUUAAUUACUUAUGAAUUUAGUGAAAAGAUACGUCGUGGACAAAAUAUAUUAACGAAUAUAUUUAGUCAGCUGGAUAAUAAAAGUAUCAAAUUAGAAUGGAAUGAAAGUGCGAGUAAUUUAAAUCAAAGCGAACAAAAGCAGGAAGUUAAAAGUGAAGAUGAUGGUGAUGUCGACUUUGAUUAUAGUUUAUCACAUUUUGAUGAUGCUAAAAAUGAACAGUUAUCCGAUUUGGAGGAUUUAGAAACACUUAAAAGAACUACGAUUAAGAAACGGGUGAGUAAAAGAACAAAAAAAUCGAAGGAUAACAAUAGAGAAUUAAAAAAGAGUAUAAAAGAAAUAAUUGAAGAAUGGAAAAAUUACAUAUGGAUUUGUAAUAUUUGUAAAGUUGAAUUCCAAGCAGUUAAAGAAUUACGUGAUCAUUAUGGACAUCAGCAUGAUAAACCGGUACAAUACACGUGUAUGGAAUGUUCCAAAUUGUAUAAUAAAUAUGAAUUAUUUAAACGACACGUUCGAGCUCACAGAAAUAAACAUAAAUAUCAAUGUGAAGUUUGUGGAAAAUAUUCGUAUAACAAAUCCUUACAUGAACAACACAUAAUAAAACACUCGGCAGAUCGAAAAUAUAUGUGUUCAACAUGUGGUAAAAGUUUUAAAACACAAAAUUCACUUACCAUCCAUGGACGUAUGCACUUACCAGAUGAACAAAAAUCAUAUCAUGAAUGUGAUAUUUGUCAUAAAAAAUUUAGCACUGGACCAAAUUUAUCGUCACAUAAAAAAAUUCACACAGGAUUAAGGCAAUAUACAUGUGAUCAAUGUGGAAAAACCUUUAUUCAAAAAAUCAACUUGGAGAAUCACAUAAUUAGUAGACAUACUGAUGAUCAUCCAUGUCAUUGUCCAUUAUGCCCGAAAGUAUUUAAAAAUUUAAUUCGUCUACGUAAACAUCAAGAAGUUCACAGUGAUAUAAAACGGCAUGAAUGUAAAAUUUGUGGGAAAAAAUAUCGUAGAAGUUCAGAUUUAAAAGUACAUAAUCGCAUACACUCUGGAGAGUUACCAUAUGAAUGUGAAUAUUGUAAAAAAUGUUUUAGAAUGAAAAAAUUUCUACAGGUUCAUGUUAGACAACACACAGGUGAACGACCAUACUCUUGUAUGGAUUGUAAUCAUCAUUUUGCAAAUUCAUCCAAUUAUAUCAAACAUAUGAAAGCAAAACAUGGUGUCAGUAGCUUUAAGAAUCUAACAACCGCACAUACAAAUAAAGUUAAAUUUGAACCUAUUUGUGAGCCUGAUUUACAAUUCGUGGCAGCUUUACAAAAAAAUAUUUUAUAA